AUGGCAUUUGACGUUGCCAUGACCAUGGAAUUGGCACACUGCCAUUCUCAGCAAUUCAGACCGCCAACAGCAGAGCCUGCCAAUGUGCAUAAACCUCUGGGGCCAAAUGUGGAAGAGGAGCUUAUGAACAAAUAUGAAAAUUUAUUCUCAGAGGGAUAUGGGAAAAUUAGGGAGUUCAAAGUUCAUAUCAGAGUCAAAGAAGAUGCAUCACCUGUGUUCUGUAAGGCCAGGCCUGUGCCUUACGCAUUAAAACCAGCAAUAGAAGCAGAGUUGAAUAGACUAGAGCAAAGUGGCAUUAUAGAAAAAGUAGAUCACAGUGAGUGGGCAGCUCCCAUAGUGGUUGUACCCAAAAGCGAUGGGUCAGUGAGAAUUUGUGGUGACUAUAAAGUAACUGUAAAUCAGGCUGUAUCGCAAGAACAGUAUCCACUUCCCACGGCCAAGGAUCUGUUCUCAACUUUGGCAGGGGGAACUGUUUUCACAAAGAUCGAUCUAUCUAGCGCCUAUGCCCAAUUGGAGCUCGAUGAAGAAAGUCAAAAGUAUCUUGUUGUGAACACACACAAGGGGUUGUAUAAGUUCAAGCGCUUAGCUUAUGGAGUCAAAAGUGCACCUAUGAUCUUUCAGUGUGUAAUGGAUCAAAUGUUGAAAGAUUUUGAUGGCGUUAUUUGUUCACAAGAUGAUGUUUUGAUCAAGGGCAUAGAGGAAGAUGGUAAACAUGAAGAAGAUAUCAAAAAGGUUGAAAAAGUGUUACAGCGAUUGAAUGAAUAUGGAGUAAAGGCUAAGAGAGUAAAGUGUCGCUUUCUGGAGCCUAAAGUUGAAUAUCUGGGACAUAAGGUGGACAAAGCUGGACUUCAUCCUACAGAGGAGAAAGUCAAGGCUAUUCGAGUUGCACCCGUGCCCAAGAAUGUACAGGAGCUCGAGUCAUUUAUUGGACUUGUAAACUACUAUGGUGCAUUCUUCAAAGACAUGUCUACCACACUUGCACCAUUAAACAGACUGAGGCAGAAGAAUGUCAAUUGGAAAUGGACUGAGGAAUGUCAAAAGGCAUUUGAUGCAUGCAAAUGUGAGUUAAGCAGUGCCAGAGUGCUUACACACUAUGAUUCUUAA